AUGCGCCCCGGCCUCCGCUCCGCGACUCGUCCCCCACCGCCCGUGCAACAGCAACAACACCGCGCUCCUCUUCCCCCUGCCCUCGCCGCCCGUCGCCAGCAACCGUCGCCCUCGCCGUCCCCGCCGCGCCCUCCCCUCCUUCCGAAAUACAACGCCCUCUUUGUUCCCCGUUCUCCAGCCCCGAGCCGCCCCACUUCCCCACACCGCACACACGCCGCACGCACACAACAACAUCCCAACCGUCCGCCUCUGGCCACCCUUCCACACGCGGCCCGCGUUCCUCUUUGCCGCGCGGCCCUCCUCCGACUCUCCAAACACGAGGUUAUGGGCUGGUAA